AUGCGCGUGUCUGUCCCCACCAUCCCGGACGCUCUCCUCCGCACGGCCACAGCGUCGCAGACCAUCUCCCCCGCAGCUGCUAUAGCUCGUGUCGCUGAGUUCAUCGCGUCCGGCAAUGUCGCCGUCAUCACAGGCGCAGGCGUGAGCGUCGACUCGGGCAUCAGAGCAUACCGCGGCGAGAGAGGGAGGUAUCUCAACCCGAACUACAAACCAAUAUUUUACCAUGAGCUCAUGGAUGGGACGACGAAAGGAAUUGCCUUUAGAAAGCGUUACUGGCUUCGCUCAUACCUCGGCUACCCACCUGUGCGCGACGCGCUCCCGAAUACGACACACUUCGCCCUCGCAGGACUGCAGUAUACCAAUAUUGUUUCUCAGCUCAUCACGCAGAACGUCGACGGACUGCACCAUAAGGCACUAGAGCGCGUCUGGGACCGCAAAACAAUGGAAGGACGAAUAUUAGAGCUACAUGGCACGCUACAUAAGGUACAAUGCGCCUCCGGGCAUUUCACCGACAGGGACGACUUUCAGCAUGCCCUAUCCGUUGCGAAUCCGCAGUGGAAGGCAUUCGCGGACGAGCUCGAGGAGACUGGGAGCCAGCCCCGGACGAAUCCCGACGGUGAUGUGGUACUCGAGGGCGUCUCCUACGAGGACUUCGAGGUCCCAGAUUGUCCGGCAUGUCUUCUGGAGAACCGCCGAAACUCUGUACAAAAACCGGAGGUCAUCUUCUUCGGCGAAUCUAUUAGCAAAGAGAUAAAAGACAGAUCAUUCGCCGACAUCGAGCGCUGCGAUAGGCUCUUUAUGGUCGGCACGACCCUUGCGACAUUCUCCGCAUUCAGGUUACUAAAGCACGCGCUGAAGCUUCGCAAACCGGUUCUCUUACUCAAUCUUGGUCCGACGAGGGCAGACGCACUACCAGGCGUCGAGAAGAUCGAAAUUCCGAGCGGGAAGGUGAUGCGCGGAGUGGUGAGGGCGGUCCUCGGCUCGACAUCGAGCACAGAUCCGGUCGUAGCGGAGAUGCUGCGAAGCGGCAUCGUGAAGCCCCCGCCGGAAGAUGAAGACGAUAUUGCGCCGCGAGCGGUGGGGUGA